AAGACAAUCACAGAAUGAGAAAUUUUGGAGGAUUAAUGCUAAAUAUGGAGAGAGAAUCCCCGCUGCAGGGCGACGUCCUCGAAUCCAUCCUCUCACACGUGCCAACCAUUGACCUCCUCCCAGCCUUGCACGUCUCCAAGUCGUGGCGGCGGUCUGCCCUCUCCUCCAUCCGCCGCCGCCAACGCCGCCCUUGGCUCCUUAUCCAUCUCAUCAGUCGCCGCCGCCGCCGUGGACUUUUUACCGCCUAUGACCCCUAUUCGCAUUCCUGGCACACCCUCCCUCAUGUGAUUCCCUCGCCUCCCAUAACGUGCCACCUACUCCCCCUCGCUCUUCCCCUCCAGCCCCUCGCCGCCACGUGGUCCCUCCUCCCCCCUCCUCUCCUCCAUCGCCACGACGCUCUGAUCGGCCUUGUUGGCAGCCGUAUAAUCCUCGCCGGCGGUGUCUGCGAUCUCGGCGAUCGCACGUGCGCCGUCGAGUCCCUCUCCCUCGGCUCCUCCUCCUUUGCAUGGGAGAACUGCGAGCCGAUGCCGGAGAGCCUCCUCGAGUCGGCUGCAGCUACAUGGCUAGCCACGGCGGCGUCAAACAGCCGGUUUUACGUCAUGGAGCGCGGAUCCGCGGACGCCUGCCGGCUCGCUUGGUUCGAUCUAGCGGCGGGCCGAUGGAGCCCGGUCCGCCCGGUACGAUUAGGCAGUGAAAUCAGCAGGAUUUCAGCAAUCGGUAUGGGCCCAGCCAGCCACGACGGCGAAGAUAGGCUGGUCAUCGUUGGAUUGACAGAUUGUGGGCAGUUGGUGAUUUGGGAGGUGGAGCCGGAAAACUUGGAGAUUCGGGAAAUCGGGUCUCUGCCGGCUGAAGCGGUGGCGCGGAUCGCUGGAGAAGGGGAGGAGAGGUCUCCGGCUGUGGGGUUUUCGAACGUGGGUGGGUUCGGAUUUUUGUAUAACUUGGAGGGGAGGGGAGAGAUUUUCGCUUGCGAGUUCGGCGAUGGAAAAUUGAGCUGGGAAGCGAUCGGGUGGCCUCCAGCGGCGGAAGAGGAUCCGACGGCCAUGGUGGUUUUUCGGUGCGCGGAGCCGACGUUGGAUGAUCUGAAGUCGGUUUACGGGCAAAGAGUGAGUUAGAUGUUCACAUCAAGUCAACAGUUUGAAAACAAAUUUGGUCAGAUAUUAUUAGGUUUAAUAAAAUAAAAAAAUCGAAUCCAAUUAAUUUAAUUUAA